AUGCUCACCCGCUGUGCAGGCCUACAGCGCGCAGUUCCCUCGCUGCUGCGCUCCAUCCACUGCCCGCCCGCAGCAGCGGCCUACAGGGGCCCAUCCGUGCGCCGAUAUGCGGUGAUCACCAACGUUGCCACCCCAGAGGCACCCCAGAAGCCCAAGAAGGACGACAGCCAGCAGCACGCCUCCUUUGCAUCGUCGGCGGGGGCUGCAGCGGGGGUGGGCGUGCCUUACACCCAGCUGAGCGUGGGCGUGCCCCGCGAGACGUUUGAGAAUGAGCGGCGCGUGGCGCUGACGCCCCAGGGCGUGGCGGCCCUGCGCAAGGCCGGCUUCAAGAGCGUGGUGGUGGAGAGCGGGGCGGGCGCCCUCGCCAACUUCUCGGACGAGGAGUACACGUCUGCGGGCGCCACCAUCGGCACCACCUCGGACGCCUUUGGCCAGGACAUUGUGCUGAAGAUCAGGCCGCCAGAUGCUGCCAAGGAGGUGAGCCUGUUCAAGGAGGGCGGCAGGCUGGUCAGCUUCAUCUACCCCGCCCAGAACAAGGAGCUGGUGGAGCAGCUGCAGCAGAAGAAGAUGACGGUGCUGGGCAUGGACUGCAUCCCUCGCACCAUCAGCCGCGCCCAGACCUUUGACGCGCUUUCCUCCAUGGCAAAUAUCGCUGGCUACAGGGCGGUGGUGGAGGCUGCGCAGCACUUUGGCCGCUUCUUCACUGGCCAGAUCACGGCGGCGGGGCGCGUGCCGCCCGCCAAGGUCCUCAUCAUCGGCGGCGGCGUGGCGGGCCUGGCCGCCGUGGGCACCGCCAAGAACAUGGGUGCCAUUGUGCGCGUGUUUGACACGCGCGCCGCCGUGGCGGAGCAGGUGCGGGCGCGCCUGCGCCUGCGCCUGCGCCUGUGUGUGCUGUACGUGGCCAAGUCGCUGGGCGCCGAGUUCCUGACUGCUGCGUUCUGCAUGCACCAGGGGCGCGCGGCGGGCGGGGCUGGCAACCUGCCCGCGCCGCGGCGCGCCGGGCGCCUCGUGGCUGCCGGGCCUAUGGCUCUCUUCCGGGAGCAGGCUGGCGAGGUGGACAUCAUCAUCACCACCGCCCUCAUCCCGGGCAAGCGCGCGCCGCUGCUCAUCACGCGGGACAUGGUGGAGAGCAUGAAGCCGGGGUCGGUCACGGUCGACCUGGCCGCCGAGCAGGGCGGCAACAUCGAAACGACGGUUGCGGGGCAGGUGGCCAAGCACGGCGGUGUGACGUGCAUCGGUUACACCGACAUGCCCUCCCGCCUCCCCGCCCAGUCCUCCACCCUGUUCUCCAACAACAUCUCCAAGUUCCUGCUGUCCAUGGGGCCCUUCACCGGCCACAAGGAAACCUUCCUGGUGGACCACAAGGACGACGCGGUCAGGGGCGCGCUGGUGCUGGAGGGCGGCGAGCUGCGGUGGCCUGCGCCGCCGCUGGCGGCCCCCGCCGCGCCGCCGCCGCGCAAGGAGGAGGCCAAGGGCAAGAAGGAGCUGACCCCGGAGGAGAUUUACGCCGACACGCUGCGCAGCGCGCUGACCACCACGCUGGGGCUGUCGUGCAUCGUGGGCCUGGGCGCCGUCUCCCCCUCCUCAGCUUUUUCCUCCAUGAUGACCAAGUUCGGCCUGGCCUCCAUCUGCGGCUACCAGACGGUGUGGGGUGUCACCCCCGCCCUCCACUCCCCGCUCAUGUCCGUCACCAACGCCAUCUCCGGCCUCACAGCCGUGGGCGGCAUGGUGCUGGCGGGCGGCGGCCUGGUGCCCAACACCCCCGCCCAGACGCUGGCCGCCGGCGCCAUGCUGGCCUCUGCCGUCAACAUCGGCGGCGGCUUCAACCAUCCCCAGCGCAUGUUGGACAUGUUCAAGCGCCCCGACGACCCCCCGGAGUACAACCAGCUGUACGCCAUCCCGGGCGCCGCCAUGCUCGCCAUCUACGCAGCGGGGCACUUCACGGGCCACCCUGAGAUGGAGUCCCUGUCGUACCUGGGCUCCGGCGGCCUGUGCAUCGCCGCCAUUGCGUGCCUGUCCAACCAGAAGACGGCGCGGCUGGGCAACGCGCUGGGCCUGCUGGGUGUGGGCACCGGGCUGGCCGCCACCCUGGGCGCCGUCUCCACCACCAGCGGCGACCCCGCGGUGCUGGCGCAGAUCCUGGGCUCGCUGGGGCUGGGCGGCGCGGUGGGGGCGGCCAUCGCCAAGAAGAUGGCCAUCACUGACCUGCCGCAGAUGGACCCCAACAGCGUGAUUGCGGGCAUGCCGGUGCUGGAGGUGUGGAAGAGCAAGCAGGUGAUCGUGAUGAAGCGGUCCAUGGGCGUGGGCUACGCGGGCGCAGACAACCCGGUGUUCUACAAGCCCAACACCAGCAUGCUGCUGGGGGAUGCCAAGGACAUGUGUGACAAGCUCAAGACCCGCAUCUUUGAGAUGCUGCACAUCUGA